AUGCGUGCUGUUCGGUGAGAUGGCCUUGUGCGACGAAGGUGACAAAUGAUCUCGUAGUGGUUAACAUACGAAUGCUAAAGCCAUCAUGAUCAGUUGAUAACAACUAAGCUGGCUUAAUAAACACGCCGCGGGUACCUUGAUCGAUGUUGAACGGAGGUUUUUUUGAUGGCAUAGCCGUGAGGACGAAGAAUGUCUUGGACCCUGGCUUCCUGGCUCUCCACACUGUUCAUGACAUGUUUAUCAGGACUUUCAUGGGUCAAGUCCGAGGUCAUGACGAUAUGCUGCCGGUCGUCUACUUGCCAGUCGUAUCCCUGGCAAACCACAGGGACAUGGGGUAGAAUUAGGCACCACUUUAGGGAAUGGAAUCCGAACAAUACCAUUUGUGUGGCUGUUACCGAGCUGCAGGCCAGUCCAUCCGAAGCCUCACAGUGGCCUCGUUACAAUGUCCCACAGCAGUCGCACCAAGGGGCCUUUUGCACGACCGGCAUCAGGAUGAGCCUCCACCGGCUCUCUAUGGUUAUCUGGCUGCCUGGUGACGGAGCAAGCGAGGCAAGGUAAGGUACCUCUUGUAGUUGUUUGGCCGAAAAGCUUCCAGAAGGCGCGGAAGAAGGAGGGGCCUUUGUUGCGCCAGACUCAGAGUGACCGGGAACGGCACCAG